CCCUGCGGAGAGCCGCUCGCCGAGGAGGAGCAGCAGCAGCGGGAGGAGGAGGAGGAGGAGGAAGGGGAGCGGCGCGGCCGGCGCCCCCCGGGCCGGUGCGUGGCUGGCCAUGUCACGGGCGGCUCGGCGGCGCUGAGCGGGCGCGGAGCGGCGGAGGCUCCAUCGCCGCUGCCCCGCUGCGCUCCCGGAGCCGCCGGCCCCACCGGCACCGCGCUCGCUUCCCUCUGCGCCCGGCUAUUUCUAAGGGAAAGAGAAGAAAAAAAAAAAAAAAAUUAAAUUCCCAAAGCGCAGACAUCGCUGGCGGAGGAGCCUCCAGAAUCGGAGAUUUGGCGACUUUUUGCAUUUUCCAGCCGUCGCUUUUUUCUGUUAUUAUUGUAAUUUUGUGCGAAAGGAAGUUAUGAACAACUGCAAGUCAGGAAGUGGAAAUCCACACCGGUUGUGACAAGCUGGGGCUAAAAACUAUUUCAUUAUUUAUAUAGAUGUGUCUAUCAACAUUCUGCUUUUCAUCCAAAGAAUAAAGGGAAAUACCGGCUAGUCCUAUGUUUGAUGGUGAAUGACAGACUGCAUCUGAGCAAAGGAAGGACUAAAUAUAUCAACUAAGAACACCAUCUUUAUUUAUUGAACUCAAGAGACUUUUUUUUAACCCAAAGACUGUUUGAGCAAGAGAUUUAAUGGGUCUUUAAAAGGGGGAAAAAAUUUUAAAGGCCCUUUUGCUUCUGAAACGCAGCUAACCUCAAAAAUAGAAGCAGUACUUGUAAGACAGAUAUUUGAAUUAAGGCUUUACACGAUGAAUUUUCUAUCCUAUGGAUAUCAGUUUUGAAAUUACAAACCAAGAAGAUCUGUAAUUGAUCUAGCACCAGAUAAUUUCAAUGCCUAAUAUUCCCCAGGAUUGCUGGAGUACCCUAGGAGCUGCGUCGGACUGUACUCGGGGUAUGCCAUGGGCUGUAUUCAGAGUAUUAGCUGCAAAUCCAAAGUUUUCCGGGAGAGUAUUUCAGUGAUUGAAGUGAAAGCCUCCAUUGAUCCCGUUCCCACCAGCAUUGACGAGUCCUCCAGCGUGGUCCUGCGCUACCGGACCCCUCACUUCCGAGCCUCUGCCCAGGUGUUGGUGCCCCCUCUUCCCAAGAAGGAGACCUGGAUCGUGGGCUGGAUCCAGGCUUGCAGCCACAUGGAAUUUUACAAUCACUACGGGGAACAGGGAAUGUCAAGUUGGGAGCUUCCAGAUCUACUGGAUGGUAAAAUCCAGGCCAUCAGUGACUCAGACGGGGUGAACUAUCCCUGGUAUGGGAACACCACAGAAACCUGCACCAUCGUGGGUCCCACCAAGAAGGAGUCCAAGUUCAACAUCAGCAUGAACGACAACUUCUACCCGAGCGUGACGUGGGCGGUGCCCGUCAGCGACAGCAACGUGGCCAAGCUCACCAGCAUCCACCGGGAUCAGAGCUUCACCACCUGGCUGGUGGCCACCAACACGGCCACCAACGAGAUGGUGACCCUGCAGACUAUCAAAUGGCGCAUGAGGCUGGGCAUCGAGGUGAACCCCAGCCGGCCCCUGGGCCAGCGUGCCAAGCUGCAGGAGCCCUCUGCUCAAGAGCAACCCCAGGUCCUCAGCAAGAAUGAGCCAAUACCACCCAGUGCCCUUGUCAAACCCAAUGCCAAUGAUGCUCAGGUACUCAUGUGGAGGCCAAAGGAUGGACCACCCCUGGUGGUGAUACCCCCAAAGCAUCGGUAAUACACGCCUGGCGUCCCGGCACCGGAGGGAGAAAACAAAACCCGCAGCAAAACAAUCACUUAGGGAUUAGGAUACACACCUAUAAUCUGAGCAAAAUCAAAAUGCACUUUUUAUUCAUUCAACAAAUGCAACCAUUCUACCUUCUCCCAUUGGGACGGAUUUCACUGUGCUAAAGCUAAAGAGGAGACCUUGGACCGGGUCUGUCUCAUCACUGGAUUCCUAAGGGAAGAAGCUAACACUGAUGUCUACCCUAUAAUUUUUUUUUUUUCUUCCCUACUUUAGUUCCCGUUUGAACUUCAGCCUCAUUAGCUUGUCCAGAACUGCCCAGAACAAUAAGAACAUGUUAUUUGGGAUUUUAAGAAUUAUUUUUUUUCUUUUUUGGUUGAGAACGAAACAAGUUCCUGGAGCAAAAAGUUGACUAUUUAAGAUGAGGUAUUUUUUUUUAAGCUGUAAGGUUCUGAGUUGCAAAUCCAAGUCAUGCGGCCUUAUGUAGACUUUGCUUUGCAUUGCCAAACUUUUGCCUUAAAGCUAUGUUUGAAAAUAAAAAAAACAA